AUGGAGGCCGAAUUCGUGAAUGAUCCGGCGUCCAGUUGUCGCCGCCUCGCCACCCUCACCAGCAUCGUCAACAUCUGCCUGUCCAUUGGGUGCACGGUCUUACUACAGGGCUGGAAGAGGUACCUUCAGUGUGCUUGCGUCAUCCUCGAGUCCGGCCUGGAGCUGCUGGCCCGGUGCCCCCCCUCCCCCGCCUCCACAGGCCUGCGCCUAUGGCUCGGCCACGCCCUCCGACUGGGGUUCCUGUUGGUGCUGGGCCUCCACGUGUCCAUCCCCACCCCCUAUACCUACUCUGGCCCCCACCCUAGCCUGCAAGCCCUGCGCUGGGCGGCGGUGUGCUCGCGCGCCCCCCUCUUGGCCUGGGCCGCCCUGGGCCAGGCACCCCUCCUGCAUCAGCGCCUGCUCAGCCUCCCCCUGGUCCUCGCUGCGGCCCUGCUUGCAUCGCCCGGCUGCACUUGCCUGGAGGCUGGCGCGGAGGUGCUGCGAGGGGGAUCGGGCUGGAUAGGGUCGGACCUUGCCUUCCUCCUGGCGAGGACGGGCAUGGGGGCUGGGCUGGAGAGCGUGCAGCUUGCUGCCAGGGCCCGGCCGGCGCAAGCGCUCUGUGUGACCCUGCACUGGGCAGCGCUGGUCUUUGGCGUGAUCCUGCCGCAGCUGGUCUCCCUCAGUGCAGAGGUCCGGGCCAGGAACAGCUUCCUGCGGCGCAAGGCGCUGCCCGGCAGGGUGUGCCCCUCCCUCUCCUCGACCACCGGGGUGGCCCUCCUCAUCCCGCCCCUCACCGCGCUGAGCUGGAUGGCGGUGAUCGUCGCUGCGGGCCCUGCCUCUGCCUGA